CGACGUCAGGCUGUAAUUGGUUUUCGCCAAUGGCCGACCUGCAUGAAUCAAUCGUCAUAUGCGUGAAGUGUGCGGCAUUUACUGAACUAAAAAAUAACAGUUUUGUUGUGAGCUUGUAUGUACAUACGUACGUAUGUACGUACGAGCUUGUAUAUCAGUGGCUUGUGUAAUCUCGUAAUCAGUCUGGCAUUUCCUACGCUCUAGUAAACAAACGAAUAAUCCCAACAAUAAAUCAACAAAAUUGAACGUAAUAAUAAAAUUAAUAUAAUGGGCAAGUCUCGAACUUCAAAGGUGGCUGCUAUCUGUACUGGGCUAGCGUUUGUUUUUGUGGUUAUUGCAUUCACCACGCCCUACUGGCUAGAAACGGAUGGUAAACUAGCAGAGCCAAAGUUCAUCAGACUCGGACUAUGGCAGGUAUGCUUCAAAAACUUCAAAGACAUAAGGCAUCUCUACGACACAAGAUUCAACGACUGUUGGUGGAUAUUUGAAGAGGAAUAUUACAUAAUCCAGGAUUUUCUACUCCCAGGAUUCUUUGUGGCGGUGCAACUUUUCUUUACACUCUGUAUGACACUGCUUUUAGUUGGAGGUUUUUUAACGCUCCUGUGCACUUUGGGAUCUCGUCAACAUGAAAAAUAUCAAUUAUAUCUUUGGGCUACUGGGGGAACUCUGACUCUUGCUGCUACAUUUGGCUUAAUUGCAGUUAUAAUAUUUGGAGCAAAAGGUGACGGUCGUGAUUGGAUGCCUAAUUGGGAGCAUAAUGACAUUGGCUGGUCGUUUGCGUUGGCAGUAGUUGGUUCAGUCUUACUCUAUACUGGGGGCAUCCUGUUCCUGAUCGAAGCUCGGAGAACCCGGAAGAAAGAGUCACAUAUUCUUGUCGAACAGCCAAGAACUCAUACCAAUAUUUAAUUAUCGAAGUAACAGGUAGUUAUCUAUCCGACCAUUCCAAAAAAGAAGCGUUUCAUCCAUACUCUCGCUUUUGUAUUUAGAUUAGGUGUUUUUUUUUAUUUCCAACUAUUUACCACCCCUAGGGUGCUCAGCCUCUCCAGCUGUUAUCACAUACUUUAAAUAAUAAAUUCCGUGGUUUAAAGUGCUUUUGAUUGUUGAGUUUGACACACCUGAAGAACGGAUUGGUGUUUGCGAUUUUUAAAGGCAAGGAAGCUACAAGAACUAAAUUGUUAUUUUUAUUCAAAUAUCGACUUUGAGAGCGGUCGUAAACAAGCCUCUUAGCAUUUAAUUUGUAUUUACCAUAAAGUGUAUAGGUAGAUACGAAACUGCAAUCACUAGAAUUAGGGAGUUCAGUACUCAUGGUUCAUAUUUUCCUUUUAUUUAGACCUCCAGCCCGUCUGUACGGCUUGGAUAUUUAACGCCUGUUAAAAUGACCGAAAUCGACUUUAUUAAUUUCGAAUUAUAUGACAUAAUUGCCAUACUAAAUCGAUUGACUCUUCGCAAAUGCUAUUCUUGAAAUGUCAUGGUGCACUUUAUGAAAGGCAGAAGAAUUAGUUUUGCUGUCUGAUAAUUAUCUCCAAAAGACACCUGAUUUGUUAUAGUAUCAAUUUAUAUUGAUAGAUUUCGAGUGGCGAGAUUAUUGAGAUCAGUAUCCAGUAAUAGGUGUUGGUUUGUUUCUACACAGUGUCAAUAGCGUUACAUUCAAUUCAAUGUACAGACAAGCAAUACGUUUCAUGUCUGUAUUGAUUGGAACCAAUGAAUUUCGCGUGCAAUACGAACUUUAUUGCUUGACUAUAAAUUACAAGUAUAUGAGUAUUUUAAAUUUAAUUCAAAGAGAUCUACCGAUGCUUUCCUGGUUUUAAUCCGUCCACAAUUAAGUGUAAUUAUCUGUUAAAAACAUAAUGGUGAAGUAUUGAUAAUCAUUUUACUACUGUGUUAGUUGUAUAAUAACCAUAGAUUUUUGAAAGUGCCUCAAGCAACUACAACAUAACUAAGCGAAUAAUUGAAAAAUAUACAAGUAUUUUCUAAACCCCUUUGUACCUUUUAUAUUAUAUUUAUGAAAAGAGAUCUUAUUGUAAUAAAUAUGUUAACUUAUUAAACUCAA